AUGAAUGCUCAGGUUUUAAAUCUUGUCGCCGCUUUAGGUGUUAUGCAAUACUCUAAACGAUUGGACUUUGAAGAUCCUCAAAUUGUUUACUAUGCUCGUGCUGCUUAUGUGGUCUCCAAUGCUAUUAUUUUUGGCAUUUAUACCAUUAUUCAAACUCGCAUAAGCUCCAACAAUGAUCGUACACCCCUGAUCUAUGAAGAACCUGCUGCUCCUUUCUCUGGACAAUCGGCUGGAAAACAUGUCAGUACCACUGUCAAGGAUUAUGACACUGAGCAACUUCAGAAGGCUAAGAAGAGCUCUAUGAUUGGUGUAGCUAUGAUGGCCUUUAUGCACUUAUACAUGGGCUAUGCUCAACCUUUGGUACUUCAAUCCAUCCUCCCUUUGAUUAGCUUGUUCACAAACCAAUUGACUUCUAUUUACAUUCUUGGCAAGGCAGCCGAAGGUAGUUUGGCUCGUCCUUUUGCUGCUGGUGGUGGUCCGUUCAGUAACGCCAACAAGUCUGCUCCUGCCGCUCCGGCUGCUUCUUCCAGCACACCCGCUGCUGCUGUCUCGGAUGGUCCCACCAUCACUGAAUUGAAUGAUGAAGAAAAAACCGCCUAA